AUGGCGAGCUCCAAGGAUUGCCCGUCUGGGAAGCGCCGCUACCGCCUGGAGGGUCACCUUUUCGAGGUGGACGAGCGAUACGAGUGCAUCAGACUUGUAGGCAAAGGCGCUUUCGGAGUGGUCUGUGCGGCGAAGGACGUGAGGACGGGUGCAGAAGUCGCCAUAAAAAAGAUCAUCAAUGCGACGGAAAAUAAGUUGGAAGCGCAGAGGACAGUGAGAGAACUGCGCAUCAUGAAAAAUCUAAAGCACGACAACAUCAUCGGCAUCAAAGACGUAAUGAGACCGGCAGACAAGGGUUUUCAUGACGUCUACAUAGUCACAGAGCUCAUGGACAUUGACUUGCACAGAGCGAUGAGGACGCUGGCCAUAAGCGGGGAACACGUCAGGAUCCUCGUCCAUCAGCUGCUGAAAGGGGUCCAGUACAUGCACGAAAGAGGGGUGAUCCACAGGGACCUGAAACCCUCCAACUGCCUGAUCAACUACGACAGCACCUUGAAGAUCUGCGACCUAGGCCUGGCACGGAACCAGAAUCUCUAUGGGCCGAUGACGGAAUACGUCGUCACCAGGUGGUAUCGGGCGCCAGAGCUGCUCAUCUCGCAGGACAUGUAUGGGCCGGAGAUCGAUAUCUGGGCGGUGGGUUGCAUCUUUGGGGAGUUGCUUGCUGGGUCAGUCCUUUUCCCUGGGAAAAACUACCUGGAACAGCUGCGCUUGAUCGUGAGGUUCGUGGGAACCCCCUUGGAAGAGGACCUCGAGUUCGUGGGGAACGAUAGAGCCAAGGCUUACAUCUGGGAUCUAGCUCCCCACUCUGCCGGUGUUUCGCUGGAGGCCCGUUUCCCCAGUGCUUCCGCGGAGGCACGUGACCUGCUCGAGCAGCUGCUUCGAUUCGACCCGUCCAAGAGGAUUACGGCCAAGGAAGCGUUGAGGCACCCUUACUUCGGGGACGCCCGGACCGACACCGACUGCGGAGAGGAGAUGACGACCGACUACUACGAAGACUCCACGGUGGAGGUCACAGAACGGAACAUCAGAGCAGUCCUCCUGAAGGAGAUCAAAGAAUUUCAUAGUUCAGGAGAAGAGGAAAGCGCCAAGCGCAGGCGCAUACUCUAG